CGCUUUAUAUAUUUCUUCUUGAUCGUCUUUUUUUUUUCCUCAAACACACACAUAUAAAUCAUGGGUUUCAGGGUACUGCACCUGGUCCGGCCGUUUAUGGCCAUCCUUCCGGAAAUUGCCACUCCUGAUCGCAAGGUUCCUUUCAACCAAAAAGUAAUGUGGACAGCAGUUACUCUCUUCAUCUUUUUGGUCAUGUCACAAGUCCCACUGUAUGGCAUCAUGUCAUCUGAUUCGUCCGAUCCCCUGUUCUGGAUGAGAGUUAUUCUUGCCUCGAAUCGUGGUACGCUCAUGGAACUGGGUAUCACACCUAUUGUCACGUCUGGUAUGAUUAUGCAACUCUUGUCUGGCGCAAACAUCAUUGAAGUGGACUAUAGCUUGAAGGAGGACCGCGCACUAUUCAGUGGUGCACAAAAGUUAUUUGCUAUGAUCAUCGCCUUUGGCCAUGCUACCGUAUCGGUGCUUACUGGUCUGUACGGCAGCCCCAGAGAAAUCGGUGCUGGUGUCUGCUUGUUGCUUGUCAUUCAGCUUGUCGUCGCCUCAUUGAUCACCAUGUUGUUGGACGAGCUUUUGCAAAAGGGAUACGGUCUUGGUUCGGGUAUUAACUUGUUUAUUGCAACCAACAUUUGUGAAACUAUCUUCUGGAAGGCCUUGUCGCCGACCACCAUCAACACUGGCCGUGGCGAUGAAUUCGAGGGUGCUCUUAUUGCUCUGGUUCAUUUGCUCAUGUCGCGCAAGGACAAGACCCGUGCAUUAAAGGAAGCAUUCUAUCGCGCUCCUUUGCCAAACGUCAUGAGCUUGUUGUCGACCGCUGCUAUCUUUGCCGUUGUCAUUUACUUGCAAGGUUUCCGCGUCGAAUUGCCCGUCAAAUCCAACCGUGUCCGUGGACAGCGUGGCACCUACCCUGUCAAGCUCUUUUAUACCUCCAAUAUGCCCAUCAUGCUUCAGUCUACCAUGACCUCCAACAUUUUCAUGAUCUCGCAAAUGCUCUACAAGCGCUUUGACGAUAACUUUUUGGUCAGACUUUUGGGUGUUUGGGAACCCAUGGAAGGCUCGGCUCAGCUGUUCGCCAAGAGUGGCUUUGCCUACUACCUUUCUGCUCCUCGCAACAUUACCGACGCUCUCUUGGACCCCAUCCAUACCGUCGUUUAUAUCAGCAUCAUGUUGGCUGGCUGCGCCCUGCUCUCAAAGACCUGGAUUGAGGUCUCUGGAUCCUCUCCCCGUGAUGUCGCUCGUCAGCUCAAGGAUCAGCAGCUUGUCAUUGCUGGUUACCGUGAUACCUCAAUGUACAAGGAAUUGAAGCGUGUUAUUCCCGUUGCUGCCUCGUUCGGUGGUGCCUGUCUUGGUGCCGUGUCUGUGUUGGCUGAUAUGGUUGGCGCCAUUGGCUCUGGUACUGGUAUUUUGCUGUGUGUCACCAUUAUAUUCCAGUAUUUCGAAAUGUUUGCCAAGGAACAAAUGGAAAGCGGUGCCGGUCUGGAGGGCAUGAUGAUGACGGGCCAGUAGAGGACCAUUUUGCUCUUUUACUUCCUUUCCGUCUUUUUCACUCUACCACCUUUUUCAAAACACCUCUUUUCAUUGUAUUAUCAAUAAUACUAUAUAAUUCAUCCUAUCAUCAUUACAAAAAACACACACUCACACACCACACGCACUAAACCACGGCAACUCCCACAAAAAAAGGAAAAAAUACAGUGAAUUCUUUUUCAUAUGAAAAUAUAAUUGAAAAUGGAACUAUGGUAGCGAUAUGGCUUUGAUGCUUUGUGUGUAUAUGCGUACGUGAGAGAAACGAAC